AUGCCGGCCAUCCCCCCCAACUCCCUUGUCCUCGUAACUGGCGCGUCAGGCUUCGUCGGAACCCAUACCGUGGUGACACUUGCAGCCAAGGGAUUUCGCGUGCGCGCCGCCGUUCGCUCCGAGGACAAAGGCGAGCACCUCCAGAAACUCGUCGGCGAGGCGCUCGAAUACGUCGUCGUGCCGGACCAGGUUGUCUGCUCAUCCAAGCCCGGUGCGUACGACCUCGCGGCAAACGGCGUCGCCGGCAUCAUCCAUCUGGCCACCCCGAUCCCCAAGGGGGAGCUUGCGAUGAAAGACCCGGAAGAGUUCUUCAUCAAGGCUACCAUCACGGGCCUGCACAACAUACUCGCCAGUGCCGUCGCGGCAGGUAGCGUCAAGCGCUUCAUCCUCGUCAGCUCUGUCUGCACCGUCGGCCCGGGUACCGGUGGCUUUGCGCCGCUCGACCUGUCCGUGACGCUCGACGAGAAGUCGUGGUACACCGACGUCGUGGACACUGUCCGCAAGCUCGGCGCGGCGGCCAACCCGAUGCAAAAGUACGCCGCGUCCAAGGUCGAGCAGGAGAAGGCCUUUUGGGCCUACUUUGACCAGCCCGCGGCGUUCGACGGUGUCUCGAUUCUCCCGAGCAUGGUACGUGCUACUGCCGCCUUCUCAGCUGACCUGCCCCAGAACUUUGGCCCGCCGAUGCAGUACGAGCUAGGCAGCACUGUCCGCUUCAUGUUCCCCUGGCUUGAGCCAGGCCAGAGCGAUGACAAGCUGUCGAACAGUUACGACAACUUUAUCGACGUGCGCGACGUGGCCUUGAGCUGCGUGCUGGCCCUUACCACGGCCGAGGCGGGCGGCGAGCGGCUCAUCAGCUCGGCGGACACGCUCUUCGGCAACGAUUUUGCGCUUGCCGCCGCGUCCUUCCCCGAGCUCGUGGCGGCCGGCGUCAACACUGGCAACGCCGACCCCGCGUUCCGCAAGCAGCUCGAGGUCAAGUCGCCCGUGUACGAUGGGUCCAAGCUCGCGCGUGUGCUUGGCAUCACCUACCGCCGCAAGGAGGACACGCUCAACGAGACGAUUGCGUUUGUCCUCGCGUCGAGGGAGAAGUAG